AUGGCGCCGAAGCCGAAUCCGCCGCCCAAAGAAGAUACGUGGGCGUUCCAGCCCAUCGGAUCUCCGUUUCCGCCGAGCCCGGUCAAAUGCAUGGGCGAGCAGAACAUGUACGUCGCGCUGUGGUACAAGCACGGAAAACCGAUCCACGGCCGCUCCUGGAACAACGGAGGAGUCGUCGAGUGCUCGUUCCCGUACAAGGACGCCGAGCUGACCACGAAGCAGCAGCUCGAGGGACAGAUCCAGGUGCUCCAGUACCUCGGAGACCACAAUACCCAAGGUUCGUGAAGGGCCGAUCCGAUUCUGCAACUGAUCCUGGCUUCAGGUUUCUGGUACGAGUGGAUCAAGUACAAAGACCGUCUCGAGAAGAUCGACGACAAGCACCAGCUGUUGCGCUGCGGAGACUCGUUCCCGAUCUUCUGGAAGCGCAAGGAGGGAAACCUUCUCGGCUACGUGGACAACAAGACUGAAGAGGGAUGGUUCUCAAUCGGUGGCAAGGUGAUCAAGCAGCUCGGCCCGCAGCUCAACGACAUGUACAUCAUUGUCCGCAACUGUAUCGGAGGACCGCCGCACUGCGAGUGCGAGAACUGUCCGAAGCCGCCGCCACCGCCGCCAAUCCCGCCACCAGGCCCGCCGCCGCCGCGUGUUAUGCACGACGAAUGGAUCGAUAUCCGCGAGGGAGAUCCGUGGCCGACCCGCAAGCUUGUGCAGGCGCUGGAUAAGUCGCUCGACACUCUUCCUGGAGUCAAUCCGGAUCAGUACGUCGCACUCUGGUACAUGCAGGGCGAACCUGUCAUGGGCCGAGUCUGGAACGAGGGAGGAAAGGUAGCAUUGAAGCGGAAAUUCUGCAGAAUUAAUGAGGAUUGUGUUCAGGUUGCUGCCAACUUUUCCUGGUUCAACAACGAGUACGCCAAGAACGUCGGAUCGAUCCAGAUCCUGGUCCGUCUCGGAGAGCACGUCGUCGGCUACCAAUACGGAUGGGUUCCGUUCGUCGACGCCGCCAAGUUCGACGAUUCGAAGGAGUGGAAGCCGGUGCACGUGAACAACCACAAGGGUGACAUCUCGGUGGGAGUUGUGAACCUGCCGGGAGGCAAGCAGAUCCUCGCCAAGGUGGACGUCCGCAACGAGUCGUACGGGUACGGAUACCAGGGCAAAGAGCACUCGGCCCGCGGUCCUGAGUGCGCCAAGAGCGUGACUGUGCUCUGCCGCAAGGCUCUGCCAGGCUACAAGCUCGACGGAUAG